AUGGUGCCAGUCAAGGAGACUUUGGAUUUAAUAUCUGCACAUUUUCGGAACGAUGUCACAGAACUUUUCCGACACUGCUUAACCACCACUUAUUUCCAAUGGAACAAGGAGUUUUAUGAACAAGUUGACGGGGUAGCCAUGGGAAGCCCAUUAAGCCCGGUCAUAGCAAAUUUUUUCAUGGAAAAGUUUGAACAGCAGGCAUUAAAUACUGCCCAAAAGAAGCCCAAGUGUUGGUUCCGCUACGUGGACGACACAUUUGUAAUAUGGAGCCACGGCGAAAAGGAGCUUCAAAUCUUCUUGGCGCAUCUCAAUUCCAUUAACAAUAAAAUAAAAUUUACCAUGGAGACAGAAAAGGACGGCAGGUUGGCAUUCUUAGAUGUGCAGGUAGAAAGGCGACCAAAUGGAAAAUUGGGUCAUAAAGUUUAUCGAAAACCCACUCACACGGAACGUUACCUGAACAAAUUAUCUAAUCACCAUCCGAGACAGAAAAUGGGGGUAAUAAAAACCUUAAUGACAAGGGCUAAUCGGAUUAGCGAACCCAAGUACCUGCGUGAAGAGAUUAAUCACUUGACCAAUUCCCUGAAAAAUAACGGAUAUACCACCUCUGAAAUACAAAAAGCUAUGAAAAAUAGAAGAUCUAAGACAAGAGAUACGACAGAGGAACCUCAAGGGAAGGUACCACAAAGAGAAGCGUUGAAACUAGACUAA